AUGUCCCAAUUGGCAACUUCCAUGAGCAACCUGGAAAAUAGCAAUAGAGGGAAGUUACCAUCUCAAGUAAUUCCUAAUCCCAAGGAGAAUGCCAGUGCAAUGCAAUUACGGAGUGGCAAGGAGGUACAGUCUCCUAGGCAUGCCCACGCUAGAGAAGAAGAAGUGUCCAGGAAGGUGGAAGAGGAAGAAGAGAAACAAUCCUCUGAAGUCUCAAAGAAAGUUGACAUUCCUCCUCCUUUUCCUAGCAGGUUUACAAAAGCUAAAAAGGAAGAAUCUGAGAAAGAGAUUUUGGACACCUUCAGGAAAGUGGAGAUCAAUAUUCCUUUGCUGGAUGCUAUUAGGCAAUUGCCUAAAUAUGCUAAAUUUUUGAAGGGUUUAUGCACUAAUCGCAAUAAGUUGAGUCUGGAUGACAAGGUGAAGGUGGGGGAGAAUGUCUCAGCGAUGUUUCAAAGGAAGUUGCCCCAGAAAUGCAAGGAUCCAGGACCCCUCAAAGAAACUAGGGUAAUCAUUCAACUAGCAGAUAGGUCUAAUGUCUACCCUGAGGGUCUAGUUGAAGAUGUUCUAGUAAAGGUCAAUGAAUUCAUUUUUCCUGUGGAUUUUUACAUUGUUGAUAUGAAUGAUGAAUACUCUACUAAUUCAGCAGUGAUUCUUUUGGGUAGACCCUUCAUGAGUACAACAAGGACUAAAAUAGAUGUACAUGAAGGAACUUUAUCUGUGGAAUUUGAUGGAGAGAAGGUCACUUUCAAUAUUUUUGAUGCAAUGAAGCAUCCUGUGGAUACUGAGUCUGUAAAUUUUGUUGGCAUGACUAACACCAUUGUGCAAGAGAAUUUUGAACAGAAUUUCAUGGGGGACAAGUUGGACUUUGUCUUACAACAAGGCAAGACCAAUUUGGAAGUGGACGACAUGGAGGAGGAGGAGGUCAAAGAAGCUAUCAUGUCCUUACAUUCACUACAUCCGCUUCCAGGCAGGUUUGAAAAUUCUUUUCUACCAUUACCCACUUCUAAUGAAAGAAUUCUACCUUCUGUUCAACAGGCACCUAAUGUGGAAUUGAAAGAAAUGCCCGAGCAUUUGAAAUAUGCUUACUUGGGAGAUAACAAGACUUUGCCUGUAAUCAUUGCCAAUGAUUUAACUGCGUUGCAAGAAGAGAGGCUCUUACGGGUCUUACGGAAAUUUAAACCAGCAAUUGGAUGGACGUUAGCAGACAUCAAAGGCAUCAAUCCAUCCAUUUGCAUGCAUCACAUCCUUUUGGAGUCGGACGCAAAACCCGUGAGAGAGCAUCAACGCAAGCUCAAUCCCGCAAUGAAGGAAGUGGUGAUGAAAGAGAUUCUCAAGCUCUUAGAAUUAGGAAUUAUUUUUCCUAUCUCUGACAGCCAGUGGGUAAGUCCAGUCCAUGUUGUUCCCAAGAAGACUGGAAUCACAUUGGUGAAAAAUGAAAAGAAUGAGUUAGUGCCAAUGAGAUUGCAAAAUGGGUGA